CCUUACCUUUCCUUCAAUACAAGGACUUAGUAAAGGAUGGAAUUUUACAUCAGUGUCAAGCCAUGGUGCUUCUUUCUAGGCCUUCUACUCCUCUUUGCUUCUGAGCCCGUGUCCUUGGCGAACCCAGAAACUCAUUACCAUGACUUCGUUGUUCAAGCAACGCCAGUGAAGAGGCUGUGCAAAACCCACAACAUAAUUACGGUUAAUGGACAAUAUCCAGGGCCAACCUUGGAAGUAAGAAAUGGGGACACACUAGUCAUCAACGUUGUAAACCGAGCCAGAUACAAUGUUACGCUCCACUGGCAUGGCAUUCGUCAAAUGCGAACUGGGUGGGCGGAUGGGCCAGAAUUUGUUACUCAGUGCCCCAUCCAACCAGGAGGACGAUACACUUAUCGGUUCACGAUCGAGGGACAAGAAGGAACACUGUGGUGGCAUGCUCAUAGUUCAUGGCUCAGAGCCACUGUUUAUGGAGCUCUAAUUAUCUACCCCAGACUGGGUUCUUCCUACCCAUUCACUAAGCCCAGGCGUGAAGCACCCAUUCUUCUUGGUGAAUGGUGGGAUGCCAACCCCAUUGACGUCGUGCGGCAAGCAACCCGAACAGGAGCAGCUCCAAAUGUGUCUGAUGCAUAUACCAUCAAUGGUCAACCCGGUGACCUCUACAACUGCUCCGCCCAAGAUACUGUGAUAAUUCCGGUGGACUCCGGCGAGACCAACCUUCUCAGAGUCAUUAACGCGGCAUUAAAUCAAGAGCUCUUCUUCACCGUUGCCAACCACCAGAUGACUGUCGUUGCCGCCGAUGCUUCCUAUACAAAACCUUUCACCACCUCGGUCCUGAUGCUGGGACCGGGCCAGACCACUGACGUCCUCAUCAACACCAAUCAGCCACCCGGCCGAUACUACAUAGCUGCGCGUGCUUACCAGAGUGCUCAGAAUGCAGCAUUCGAUAACACCACCCCCACUGCCAUCCUUGAGUACAAGAGUGCCCCCUGCCCGAAGAAGGGGUUGUCCGUGCAACCCGUCUUCCCGUUGUUGCCUGCCUACAACGACACUCCCACAGCCACCGCCUUCGCAGCCGGACUCAAGAGUCCAUCCAAGGUUGAUGUCCCCACCGACAUUGAUGAGAACCUUUUCUUCACGGUAGGCCUAGGCCUCUUCAACUGUCCACCCAGGUUCAGCCGGAGUAGAUGUCAAGGCCCAAAUGGCACCCGCUUUACUGCUAGCAUGAAUAAUGUCUCUUUCGUGCUCCCAUCCAACUUCUCUAUACUGCAAGCUUACCAACAAGGCAUCCCAGGAGUUUACACCACCGACUUCCCUGCUGUCCCACCAGUUCAGUUCGACUACACCGGCAACGUCAGCCGAGCGCUAUGGCAGCCUGUUCCAGGAACCAAGGUGUACAAACUCAAGUUUGGUUCGAGGGUGCAACUUGUAUUACAGGGUACAAGUAUCUUCUCAGCCGAGAACCACCCAAUUCAUAUCCAUGGAUAUGAUUUCUACAUUGUUGCAGAGGGCUUUGGGAAUUUCAAUCCGCAAACUGACACGGCUAAGUUCAAUCUUGUCGAUCCACCAAUGAGGAAUACUGUUGCAGUUCCAGUGAAUGGAUGGGCAGUGAUCAGAUUUGUUGCUGAUAAUCCAGGAGUUUGGCUGAUGCAUUGUCACUUGGACAUUCACAUCACCUGGGGAUUGGCUAUGGCCUUCCUGGUAGAGAAUGGAGUCGGGGAGUUGCAGUCUUUAGAGCCUCCUCCAGCUGAUCUUCCUCCUUGUUAAGAUAUUCAACGACAAACAGCUGAAAAUUGCUGUUGAUUGAUUUGUAUCUGUUAGAGACCGGGAUUUCUGUUUCUUGUCUUUUGUUAGGCUUAUCUGCUCUGUAUUGUUCGCCUCAUUCGGCGACCAUGUUCUUCUUUUGUUUUUCCUCUCUUAUUUCUUUUUCUUUCUUUCUUUUCCUUUUUACUAAUAUACAACGGGUGGUGUUGUCUUA